AUGGAUGGAACAUGGGGGUGGCGGCCGUGUCCCGCCGACAAUCCUCACCGGGUUCACCAGCGGUGGAGAUUGCCCAUCUCCAUUCUUGUUCGAAACGGCGUCCAGAACAACGGCUUCAGAAGCCGUUGGAUCCGGGUGCCGGACAGCGCCUUCGUAAGACUGCAUCGACUCGACACCGGUAUCUCCUCGCAGCGUCUGCUGGUAUGCCCACUCCGCAUACCGCUCGGCCUCGGCUAUCUCGGGAUCAGCAACACCCGUCGCGCCAGCGAGCAAGUUUCUCCACGGACUCGCCUCCACCAGUUCGAUCUCCCUCCUCAGCACCCCAGCGUGAUGCUGCGCCCUGGCGACUCCCGGCCGGCGGUUUCCUUCUUCUUGAUGCUCCGGGUCAUCCAGAGCAGCAGCCUCGCACACGUGGGCGUGUUGUGCGGCAGGGCUUGCAUACUUGCCAGCCCGAUGGUUGGGUCCUGGGCGUGCCACGCCUCUAUCGUUCCGGCGAGGUGUUGCAUAGCGCCCGCCUCGGCUCGCUUCCAGUUCGCCUCCCGGCCCUUGAGAAUCUUGACCCGAUCCUCUAUCUUGCCUAUGCUUUGCUUCAACUUCUCCUCCUUCGCAGUAGAGGGUGCCGAGGCCGUGCUCGACGACUCGCCUGCCGGGCGUCCAUGGUUGAUGAUCCUCCUCGGAUUGCCACUCGGUAUUUGGUCCCGGCUCCACAUCUGCACCGAGUCUGCCGUUUCCUCCCGCCUCAUCGUGUGGUUCGCCGACUGCCGUGCCGACUGCACCAAAUAUCGACCCCAUGAGUUCCUCGCCGCAGUCCGACGUCCAAGGCCAGGCACCCCUUUAUAA